GCCCCAUUUCAUCUUCCUCCUCUCCCCCUCCGCCAAAAACCCUAACCCUAGGCGCGCGAGCGAGCGAGAGAGAGAGAGAGAGAGAGAGAGAGAGAGCGAUGACGACCCGCUUCAAGAAGAACCGGAAAAAGCGCGGGCACGUGAGCGCGGGGCACGGGCGCAUCGGCAAGCACCGCAAGCAUCCCGGGGGCCGCGGUAACGCCGGUGGGAUGCACCACCACCGCAUCCUCUUCGACAAGUACCACCCCGGCUACUUCGGCAAGGUCGGGAUGCGCUACUUCCACCGCCUCCGCAACAAGUUCCACUGCCCCGUCGUCAACGUCGAGCGCCUCUGGUCCCUCGUCCCCGACGACGCCAAGUCCAAGGCCGCGGCCUCCGACGGCGCCGCCCCCGUCGUCGACGUCACGCAGUUCGGGUACUUCAAGGUGCUCGGCAAGGGCGCUCUUCCCUCCAAUCGCCCCGUCGUCGUCAAGGCCAAGCUCAUCUCCAAGAUCGCCGAGAAGAAGAUCAAGGCCGCGGGCGGCGCCGUCGUCCUCACCGCCUGAUCUCACCUCGAUCCGUCCAGAUCUAGAUCCGGUAAAUUAGGUUUUUUAAUUUGAUGCUCGGUUAUGCUUCAUUUGAUCUCGAUCAUGUGGACUCUCUUUUUGGUUGUCGAACGACUAUUUUUUGAAUCGAUCAGCUUAAAAUUCGGAUUCUGUCGUCAAUUAUUUACUCGAAGAUAGGUUUUAGUUUGAAUUAGUUUGUGCUUUAUGAUAUUUGCUAUCGUUUUUUUUUUGGCAUGGAAUACUAUUAUUUGUGUUCUACA